AUGAUGCCCUAUAGUUCCUCAGAGUUUCCCGAUCACCUGACCUACCGAGGUCCACAGCCACCACCACCACCACCGACGCCACCGACCGACGUCAACCCCUUCGCUACCUCUAUGAUGGACGCCACCAAGUGCACCCUAACAGGUCUGCCUAUGGUAGCACCUGUGGCUCAUCUCUCUACAUCCAACUUCCCGGCCAGUGGCUCCGAAGUCAACUCUUCUGUCACGCCCUACGCCACGGCCUCUCUCAUAAACACCGAGCUCGCCGACGUGGCGUUGCAGCACCAACAGCAACAGCUGCUCGAUGUUGAGCAGAGUCGCAGCCCCUCGGAUGUGGCCUCAGGAUCAUCCUCUGGCGGCGGCGGCGGCGUCCCUGCAGGCCGUCGCUAUGCCUACGGAACAUCGCAGUCAAAGCCACAGGGACUCUUCCAUAGUCCACAACAUUUUGGAAGAAUGAUGACUUCACAUCAACAGGAACAACAGCCGCAGUAUCAGUCUCAUUCAAGCUCAGGUACCAAUACUGGGGCCGAAGAAGACUAUCUUACUCACCACCACCACCAGCAGCACCACCAUCAUGGUCAACAACUGCAGAGCAGGUCUCGACUUAAGAGAUACCCAACGAUCAGUGUCCCGAUCACUGAGAUCUCUAUGAGUGGUGUUGCCGGUGGCUCAGAGUACGACCACUGUCUCCCCACAACUUCUGCUUCAAUGACGUCUCAUGCUCAGGUAUCUUGA